AUGGCCACUUUCCACGUUGGCUGUCCGCUCACGCUGAGGCCCAUAUGUCGCUGCUCUCUCGGGUCUGUCGGACCACUGGCUGCCUGCCACGUGGACGCGCAGACGGCUGUGUUGGCGUGGUCCCUGUGGGAGCGCGGGAAGCUUGGGGUGGCGGGGGGGACGAGGACGGGGGGAGGGGGGGGGACGGCGGAAGGGGAUGCGGAAGAGGGUGCUGCUGCUGUAACGGACGCUGCUGUGUCGAAUGAUGCUAUAACGGAUGAUGCUGUAACGAGCGGGUUGCUGUACAAUGGAAUGGCUCUUCUUCCCCACCCAUCCCUCGUCCUCACCUCUCCCCUCGUCCCCACCCUCAUCCCCACCUCUCCCGUGGACCCCACCUCUCAUCUUAUCCCCACCUCUCCCCUCAUCCCAACGUCUCCCGGCAUUCCCGGCUGUCCCCUCCAUGCAGACGGCGGGGUGAUCGAUCAACCAUUCCUGCAAGCCACACAAGCUCCUGCCGCUGGUUACCACGCGACUGGUUACACGCCUGGCUUGGAGUGGGGCAGUGGGGGGGAGGCAGUGUGGGGGCACUCUGCCUUCGGUGGCCAGGCACCCGUUGAACCUCACCCUCUAGGCUCUGCACCACACCACGGGCUGGAUCACCCACACGGACUCCUUCACUCUGCAGUAGCAGCGGCAGGGGACGCCAUUCCCAAGCCUAGAAUCCCGGGCCCCAGGCGUCCUCCCAAGCCUAAGAUUUCCGGUGCUGCUGCUGGCGCUGCUGCUGGUGCUAGUGAUACUGGUGAUGGUGCCGGUGCUGGUGGUGGUGGUGGUGCUGCUGGUACCGCUGGUGGUGGUGGUGGUGGUGGUGGUGGUGGUGGUGGUGGUGGUGGUGGUGGUGGUGGUGGUGGUGGUGGUGGUGGUGGUGGUGGUGGUGGUGGUGGUGGUGGUGGUGGUGGUGGCGGUGGUGGUGGUGGUGGUGGUGGUGGUGGUGGUGGUGGUGGUGGUGGUGGUGGUGGUGGUGGUGGUGGUGGUGGUGGUGGUGGUGGUGGUGGUGGUGGCGGCGGUGGUGGUGGUGGUGGUGGUGGUGGUGGUGGUGGUGGUGGUGGUGGUGGUGGUGGUGGUGGUGGUGGUGGUGGUGGUGGUGGUGGUGGUGGUGGUGGUGGUGGUGGUGGUGGUGGUGGUGGUGGUGGUGGUGGUGGUGGUAGCAUUGUCCGUGCCGGCCACAAGGCAGUGCGUGGGGAGGGGCAGCCCAGCAGGGCAAUGGCGGCGAGCGGGGCGCAUGAAGGCCAUGGAGAGGGUGGUGCUGGUGGGGAGGAUGAUGGGGGAGCAGGUGCUGUGGGUGGGCCAGGAGAGAAGGUCGGAGUGAAGGUGAAGUUAAAGCGUAGAGUGAAAGUGAAGCUUCCUGAAGGGAAGAAGGUAGUAGGUGUGAGUGAAGGUGGGCAUGGCGAGAAGGGAAUGGAUGGUGAAGCUGCGAUAAGACGGACGGGAGGGCAGGCAGGAGGGGAAGAGGAUGGAGGGGAGCGGAAGGAGGGAGAAAAGAAAGAAAAGGAAGGGGAUAGAAAGGAGGGAGGAAACAAAGAAACUAAAGCGGAAGGAGGCGAGAGUGGGAAGGGGGACAAGAGGAAAGAGAGAGGGGAGGGAGGGUUGGCAGGGGGUAAGGCGGAGGAAGCAAAUAAACGGGAGAGGGAGGAGAAGGUGAAGGGUCCGAGGAGAGAGGAGGGGGAAGAGGAGGGGGGAGAGGGAGGGAGAGGAGGAAAGAGCGAGAAAAAGGGAGAGGAUGAGAAGGGAAGCAGGCAGGCAGAGGGAGAAAGACGGGGGCUAGUGAAAGCUGUAGGGGUUGAUGCUGGGAAGGUUGCACCUGAUGAGACGCUGACAGCAGCACGCAAGGACAAGGCGCGUCUGGCUGCUGGGGAGGGGCGAGAAACAGUUGGAAGGGGUGACAACGACGGAGAGAAGGGCAGAGGAAAGAAUAGUGCAGAGAAUGUUGGAGAAGUGAAGGAUGGAGGAAAAGAGUCCGGGGAGGCAGAGGAUGGGGAGACCGCUAAGGGGGGAGAGAGGCCAGGGGGAGAUAGGGUGGGAGGAGGGGGAAGGGAGGAUGGGGUUGGUGAGAGAGAGAGGGAACGUCAUAAGGAGGGGAAAAGGAGGAAGAAACGUGAGCGGGAGAGAGGUGAGUUGGUGGGGAAGAGAGGGGAGAGAGUGAGAGCGGGAGAGGGGGAGCAGACGGAUGGAAAGCAUAGUGCUGUGGCAGAGAGGCAUGUGGCAGAGAGGCAUGUGGCUGAAGGCGACGAGGAGGGCGCGAGGGAAGAGGGGGCAGUGGGUGCAGUGGUGAGCGAGGGAGUAGAUGCAGGAGGAGAGGGCUCUCAGGGGGAGACGGGUGAGAUGGCGAGGGCGAGUAAGAUGGAGGGGAGGCGACAUGGGGGCAGGGAGAGGAAGAGGAGUGGUGAGGAGGUGGCGAGGAGGGAAAGGAGAGAGGGUGGGAGGGGUGACGAUCUGGAAGUGCAGGUGACAGAAGAGAAGAGAGGGAGAGAGAAGCGACAUGAGGAGAAGGGGAGAGAGAAGAGGGGAAGAGAAGAUGGUGUUGUGAGGAGGGGAGAAAAGGAUGAAAGAAAGAGGCGCGGGGAUGAUUGGGAGGAGGAUGCAAGGGAGGAGGAGGGUAAGGAGGACGAUGAGGAGCGCAGAAAAGGAGAGGGGGCAGAAAGGAUGUCAGCCAGAGCGAGAGCAAUGAGAGUGCAGGAGACGGCUGGAGAGGAGGGGAUGAAGCGGGUGGGUGGUGAUGAGACAGGCCGAUAUGAGCAUGAGGAGGAGGGAGAGAGAGGGGACACGGGAAGGGGAGCAGGGAUUUUAAGAGAGGACAAGGAGAGAGGGGAGAGAGGGAGAAGAGGGAGGAAGGGGAGGGAGGCGAGUGAGGGUGGGGAGGGGAGUGUGUGGUGCGGGCUGUGUGGGGGAGAGGAGGAGCAGGGCAGUGCAAAAGCUGCUCGCCUGGUGCCGUGCCCGCAGUGUGGUCGCAGCUUCCACCGCCACUGCCUGCUGGGGAUGGCUGACAACAGAGGCAAGCUGGACUGGCGGGACUGGGUGUGCCCGGGGUGCAUUCGCUGUGAGGCCUGCCAGCGCUACGGGGAGCCGUCGUCCAUCGUGUGCUGCUAUCGCUGUGACAGGGGCUACCAUGUGGCAUGCACUCAGCUGCACACCAAGUCGCCCUUCAAGGGUCCCUUCCUGUGUCCCAGCCACACGCAGUGCCACAGCUGCGGCUCCAAAGUGCCGGGCAGUGGCACGUCCUCGCGGUGGUUCUUCAACUACAUGCUGUGUGACGCCUGUGGCCGCCUCUUCGUCAAGAAGAAGCACUGCCCCGUCUGCCUCAGGGUGUAUCGGGACUCAGAGCCAACGCCAAUGGUGUGUUGUGACAAAUGCGAGCACUGGGUGCAUUGCGCAUGUGACAACAUCAGCGAUGAGCAGUACAUGCAGUAUCAGACGAACUCAGAGCUCUCCUAUACGUGCCCUGCCUGCCUGGGCCAUGCUCCUUGU